GUUCCCGGCGAUUUUCCCAUAAUUUUACUCCCACCGCAAAUUAGGAGAAUUGCGAGAGAAAGUAUAUGAGCAAACAAACCCUUGUGUGCUUCAAAUUUCGAGAAAUUGAAGCUCCGAGAUCUCCCAGACUGUGUGUGUUUUGUAUGUGUGCGAGAUCGUGAAAAACAAAUCUUCAUGGCUAUGGGGACGGAACGAUCCAAGGCGUUGCACAAUUUCACGAUGCCGUGCGGCCUCCGCUGGGGCAAUCACCGGAUCCUCCGCUGCAUGAGGGUCAACUCCGACGCCCAAACCUCCCCCCUCCGCCGCCACUCCGAUCACCACCCAAUCCAGCAGCGCCGCACCACCAGGGAGCGCAAUAAGGACGACUUUCUCAACGAAUCGCCCAAAACGUGCGCCCGUGGAUUCUCCGAGGACGCCGACAACGGGAUUGCCGCCACCAGGGAGAAAGUCAUGCUCGAUCUCCAGACGGCGGCGGAUAAGAUGAAGGAUGCGAUCUUCAAGGACGGCCUCGAGGAAGGGGAGGUCGCCGCCGCCUCCCUGCCUCCUGCCGAGGCCGAGGGUUACUGCCCCUGGAAUUUGAGGACGCGCCGCGCCGCGCCGGGAAGGAGCAGUGGCGACUCCGCCGCCGAUGUCGGCGGCGGGAAGAGUUUCAGGACGGAUUUGCCGCGGCCGGCUGGAUCCUCUCAGAUUCGGUCAGGGCAGAAAUCGCCGAUGCGUAAGAGUGACGACGGCGGUGCGGCGGCGGCGAGCGGGAAGAAGAGAGAGCGGGAGAAGUUCUCAGUGGCGCUAUCGAAGCGAGACAUCGAGGAGGAUUUCUACGCGAUGGUAGGUCACCGGCCGCCCCGUAGACCGAAGAAGAGGCCGAGGAUUGUUCAGAAGCAAUUGGAUACCUUAUUUCCGGGAUUGUGGCUGACGGAAGUUACAACAGACAUGUACAAGGUUAUUGAAGCUGCCCCUCAUUAGUUUUUCAACGGAGAUAGGAUUGUUCUUGCUCGUUACUGAUAUAGAGGCUUAUUGCACCAGCAUUGUUCAAUCGGGGUUGGCGCCAAGUGCCGAAAUUCCUCGUGCUGUUGAAGGGAAAGGUUUACAGCUGCUUUGCUUUAGGGAUUCUGAUUUUUGCUUCUUUCACUGGUUAUAAUUGUUCAUAUAUAUGUUUCUCUUUUUUCAUGGAAUAAAGUUCAUUCAUAUAGUGGAAAAGUAAGUUAGGGAUUUUUUUUCUUUCUACUUUCUCUCAAUUGGAACUCCUGUCCUUUAUGUCUGAUAUAUCCAACCUUAAAAUUCUCAUUUUUAACAAACUGCGAGCACUGUUUACUGUCUUUUUGUACUUGGUGAUGAUAGCUGUGAUUUCUGCACAUAGUUUCUCGGGUUGAUUAUUAAAUUUAUCAGAAAUAUAAUGGUAUGUUGGUUUCUGUUA